UCUUCCUAAAUUCACAGUGCAGUGCCAAAUUUUUAUCCGUGUCAUUUCAAAGAGCACCUUGUUUGCCAAUUGCUUGGUUUCCGGAGACGUGACUGACGAACCGCCGGAGUGUACCAGUAGAACAUAGCUUCUAGACUGCACGCUGCAGAGCUCUUGUUUCUGCAGCAUUUACCAGUAGAAAUCCUGCUCCAUUUCUUUCUGCCCACUCUGCCGCAGUGGUUUGUGAAUCGUGAUCCAUUUUAGGAGCGCAACCCUGCGGCAAAGUUGACCACUGGUCGCAGCUUUUUUUUUCUCUUAGGGCAACCACUGGUCGCAGCUGGUGGGCAGCCAAGGGCACCAAACCAAGCAAACGAUCCCCUUUCUCUCAUGAGAUUGCGCGCAGUGAAAACGGUGGUCGUCGUCAAUCCUGACCUAGUUCUGCGUGCUGCGGAAGCCAACUUUGACCCUUCAGGCACGCGAGUGCAACGAAAAUGUCUUAUGCGAUGCUCAUCCUGUUCGUCAACCAUCUGCGAGACUGCGAUAGGCGCCUCAAGUCUUUGACCUUGUCCUCGCAGUACCGAAAGUUUCUUCUGCUUGCAGCCGUCAAGGAGAGAGAAUAACCGAAUGCUGACGCCACGCUCUGUUUCUCAGCCCUCCUGUCUUGACCUCUGAGAAUGGACCAUGAGUCCUUGACCAUUGCAAGGACCAAGAAACCACCGUCUGAGUAUCAGGCUAGCAGCACACUCGUCUAGUGUUUGCGAUCAUUCAUCCAUAUAUCUUGCUCCUCUGUCCUCUCCUCCCGUUAGUUUCCUCCUCGUUGCAUCGGUUGAUCCGGCAAUGGCACCUGCAGAGCAAAUGCAUCUCCUGCAUCUAGCACCACUCCUCUUCACCCUACUCCUCGCAUCACUGCCCCACUGCAAGCCACAAUCCGACGACUACUUCCGGUACAGCAGCUGCGCACCAAAACCUUACCAGUGCGGGGCACUCCAGUUCGACAUCGGCUACCCGUUCUCGGUGAACGGCGUGGACCGGCCGGACUACUGCUCGGUCCCGGGGUACCUCCUCUCCUGCACGGACGCCGGCAAGCUGGUGACCACCAUGAACUCCUCCGGCGGCGGGCUGUUCCAGGUCACGGGCGUCGACUACGGCAACCGCCUCCUCACCGUCGUCGACGAGGGCCUAGCCGAGCAGACGUGCCCGCAGCCCUACCGGAACGCCACCUUCGACGGCGCCAUGUUCGCGUACACCGACCGCGACCAGUUCCUGACGGCGUACAUCAACUGCAGCGCCAGCUCGUCGUCGUCGCUGCCUCUCGCGUUAGACUUCUUCUCGUGCCUGUCCGGGGGCCGGUCCUACUAUAGUCUGGACAAUGGCACGGUGGCGCCGGACGUGCUGGGGCCGUGCAGCUCCAUGCUUGUUCUCCCGUGCAACCCGACCAUGGCGGGCUCGCUGGCCGCCGGGAACUCUUACCUUUGGGGAUGUGAUAAGAGGCGGUUUCGCCGUGCAGUGGAAGGCGGGUGUGGGGUGGGGUGGAGACUGUAGGAACUCCGGAGGGUUCUGUGGAUAUAACUCCAGCAGUCCUAGCGAUCACACGUGCUUCUGCUCUGACGGUACAU